AUGUCUUCAUACACUUCACAAGCACAGAACGCAGCCACUAGCGCUGUAGAAACCGCCGCGUACACCAACGAGCGCGCAAAGCAGGAGACCAACAACGCGGCGACGACCGCAGGAACUUAUGUUGAGCAAGCAAAGACAUAUGGUCAGUCAGCAGCAGAGACUGCCCAAAAUUAUGCUGCCCAGGCGGGGACAACACUUACAAACGCAGGGCAACAAGCUUCCAAUGCUCUAAACAAUCUCCAAACCAACGCUACAAACACGACCAAUGCCGCUGUUGCCGAAGGCCAGCGAGACGUCCAGUCUUUGCAGUCGACCGACACCAAGACAUAUGUCGACCAAGCAAAGGAUCUCACCGCAACUGCACUUAGCACCGCUACAUCCUACGUCGAGUCUGCGAGCCGCGCCGUCGCACCUGCUGAUCCCAACGCGACGGGUGUAAUCCCGACGAUCCAAUCCACCGCUGCAUCCGCGCUCAACACGGGUGCACAGUACCUCCAAUCCGCUCACGCGACCGUCACGGGUGCCAACACGACGCAAAUUGCCCAGGACAUCAACAACGCCGCCUCCAACGCCUCUCAAACCGCACAGUCCAAUGUCGCCGCUGCUCAGAAUACUGCGCAGCCGUACGUUGACACUGCCAAGGAUAAAGUAAACCAAGCGAGUGCAAGUUCCUCGAAUACCUACGAUCAGACCAAGGCGUCGGCCACCAAUACGUACGACUCGACAAAGGCCUCUACUGCGAAUACAUACGGACAAGCUGCAUCGACCACCCAGUCUACCGCUGACGAUACCGCCGCCCGUGCACAAGACUUGAAGCAAUCCGCCAGCGAAGGCGUGAAUGCAUACCUUAACCUUGCAGCGGACAAGGCCAACGAGGCACAGAAGACCUACCAGUAA